AUGGUGGACGGUGGCGGUGAUGGGCUGGAGUGGAGGGAGAUGAGGCACAAAGUAGCUACUGCAUACCCUCCCCAAACUAAUGAGCAAGCUAAGUUGUCCAAUAGAGAGAUAAAAGGUGUUCUUGAGAAAGUGGUGAACCCCAAACACAAGGAUUGGUCCAAGAGGUUAGAUGACGGAUUGUGGGCCUAUAGAACAGCUUUCAAGACACCAUUGGGGAUGUCACCAUAUUGUUUGGUGUUUGGCAAUGCUUGCCAUUUACCGGUGGAACUUGAGAACCGUGCUGAUUGGGCUAUUCAAACACUCAAUAUGUAUUUGCAACUUGGAGGAGAAAAGAGAAUGUUGUAG